AUGGCGUUGAAGCGCAUCAACAAGGAACUCACAGAUCUCGGCCGCGACCCACCGUCUUCAUGCAGCGCAGGUCCGAUAGGCGAUGAUCUGUUCCACUGGCAGGCAACCAUCAUGGGCCCCGGCGACUCACCAUACUCCGGCGGCGUCUUCUUCCUCGCCAUCCACUUCCCCACCGACUACCCCUUCAAGCCGCCGAAAGUCAACUUCACCACCCGCAUCUACCACCCCAACAUCAACAGCAACGGCAGCAUCUGUCUCGACAUCCUCAGGGACCAGUGGAGCCCGGCGUUGACGAUCUCGAAAGUGCUGCUCUCGAUCUGCUCGAUGCUCACAGACCCGAACCCCGACGACCCGCUCGUGCCCGAGAUCGCCCACGUCUACAAGACCGACCGCUCGCGCUACGAGUCCACGGCGCGGGAGUGGACUAGGAAGUACGCCAUCUGA